GAGGUCGUAACGAAGUUGUCAUCACUGAAAAUAACAACAGCAUAACUGAACAAAUCACUGACGUUGUCAAACAGCCUGCCUUUAUAGCUGGCAUCGGUGGUGCCUGUUGGGUAAUUCUGAUGGGGUUCAGCAUCUGGCUGUACUGGCGCAGAAAGAAGAGGAAGGGGCUCAGCAAUUACGCUGUCACUUUCCAAAGAGGAGAUGGAGGACUAAUGAGCAAUGGAAGUCGACCAGGUCUGUUGAAUGCAAGUGACCCCAGUUAUCCUUGGCUUGCAGACUCUUGGCCUGCCACAAGUCUGCCAGUAAACAACAGCACUAGUGGACCCAAUGAUCUUGGCAAUUUCGGUCGUGGAGAUGUGCUGCCACCAGUGCCAGGGCAAGGAGAUAAAACCGCUACUAUGCUUUCUGAUGGAGCCAUUUACAGCAGCAUUGACUUCACCACGAAAACUAGUUACAACAGUUCCAGCCAAAUAACGCAAGCUACGCCAUAUGCCACCACCCAGAUACUGCAUUCCAACAGCAUUCAUGAGCUGGCUGUCGACUUACCUGAUCCUCAGUGGAAGAGCUCAAUUCAGCAAAAAAAUGACCUGAUGGGAUUCGGUUACUCUCUCCCAGAGCAAGGCAAAGGCAACAAUGCCUUGCUUUACAUCCCUGACUACCGCGUGGCUGAGGGAUUGGCUAAUAGAUUGCCACACAACCAGUCACAGGAUUUCAGCACCACCAGCUCCCACAACAGCUCUGAAAGGAGUGGCAGCCUCUCAGGUGGCAAAGGAGGGAAAAAGAAGAAAAACAAAAAUACUGCCAAGCCCCAGAAAAGUAAUGGUUCAAACUGGGCCAGUGUUCCCCUCCCACCCCCUCCCGUGCAGCCGCUUCCAGGCACAGAACUGGAGCACUAUGGGGUGGAUCAGCAAGAAGCAGGAUAUGACAGUGAUGGUUGGUGUCCGCCUUUGCCAGUUCAGACCUACCUACAUCAGGGCAUGGAGGAUGAGCUUGAAGAAGAUGAUGAUCGUGUCCCCACGCCUCCUGUGCGAGGAGUAGCUUCAUCACCUGCCAUCUCCUUUGGGCAACAGUCAACUGCAACCCUCACGCCUUCUCCACGAGAGGAGAUGCAGCCAAUGCUUCAAGCCCACCUUGAUGAAUUAACUAGGGCUUACCAGUUUGAUAUAGCAAAGCAGACAUGGCACAUCCAAAGCAAUACACAACCUCCUCAGGCUCCAAUUCCCCCCCUAGGAUAUGUAUCUGGAAACCUUAUUUCAGAUUUGGAAACGGAUGUUCCGGAUGAUGAUGAUGAUGAUGAUGAUGAUAUUGAAGAAGAAACUGUAGAAAUCAGCAGGCCGCUAAGAGGUCUAGAGCAUACUCCAGGCUCCAGUAUGGACAAUCUAGACAGCUCUGUGACAGGCAAAGCAUAUCCUUCCUCUCAGAGACCUCGGCCAAGCAGUCCUUUUUCUACUGACAGCAACACCAGUGCAGCUGUCAAUCAGAGUCAGAGGCCGAGGCCCACUAAAAAACACAAGGGAGGACGGUUGGACCAACCCUCCUUGCCUCAUCGCAGGGAGGGGAUAACAGAUGAUCUUCCACCACCACCCGACCCGCCCCCUGGUCAGGGUUUAAGGCAGCAAAUAGUCCCUGGCCAGCGUGGAGGCUCAGCAGAGAGGAAAGGAAGCUCUCUUGAGAGGCAGCAUGCUCCGAACAUAGAUGAAACAAAGAGCUCCCUGGACCGGCAAGCUAGGACGUCACUAGAGUGGCAGCGGCAAACCCAGGAGUGGAUAAGCUCUACAGACCGCCAAGAGGAUUUCAGGAAAGCCCAACACAAACAAGCCUUCGGAUCAGAAGAGGCACUCGUACCAUAUAGUAAACCCAACUUCCCAUCCCCUGGUGGCCACAGCUCUUCAGGAACAGCUUCUUCUAAAGGAUCGACCGGACCUAGAAAAGGUGAAGUCUUGCGAGGAGGUCACCAACGCAAUGCCAGUGACCUUCUCGAUGUAGGCUAUGUGGGAUCAAACAGUCAAGGACAGUUUACUGGUGAAUUAUAGUAGUUGAGAAGACACAUUGCAAGCUGCUCUGAUGGACCAUCAGGUCUGAACUCAUGGAAGUGAUGACACUAAACAGUGCAAUGAACAUUUUCUUUAUUUAUGUACUAUUAAAAGAACUGUAAAUGCAAUGUAAAGACACACAGCCACACAUAUCCCACAGAUAUUUUACUUGUGUUCUUCUCUUUAAUACACCAUCCACCUUAAACUAUUCCUUGUCAGGAGUAUAUAA